AUGAACGGUGGUAAUCCUUGCGCCGAACCUCCUUUCCUAGGCGUGCAGUGCGAUUCAGAGGGGCGCGUGCAGUCCAUCUCGCUGGUGAAUCGCGACCUCGUCGGCAGCGUGCCGGACGAGCUGUCGCAGGUGAACGAGCUGAUCAGCCUGAACCUGGACCAGAAUAAGCUCACGGGGGGUAUUCCCAACACGCUUAAUAACCUCGUGCACCUGCAAUCCGCGUCGAUAUGCUGCAACCUGCUCAGCGGGCAGAUCCCGGACUUGAGUCCCAUGACAGCGCUCAACCUGCUGCAUCUCGAUGGCAACUUCUUGCAAGACGCCAUUCCUGAAUCUCUUGCCAAUCUACUCCAGCUUAAGGACCUUCAGCUGAACAACAACCACCUGUCGGGUACAGUGCCUUCCGUGCUCGGCAAUCUCCAGGCGCUCACCGUGCUGCGCCUCGACCACAACUACCUCAGCGGCACGCUGCCGUCCUCGCUGUCGUGGCUCGUCACCACCCCCAACGCCGUCUUUAACUUCACCGAGAAUCUCUCCGACUUCUGCGGGCCCGCAGGGCUCGGCGUUCCGCUCUGCCCCGACGAUCCCAAUUACGUUCCCCCCGGCACUGCUGCGCCUCCAUCUGCGCCUCCCUCCGAAGCACCGCCGUCCAGCCCCUCUCCGUCUCCCGUCCCCCCCGCCCCCCCCGCCCCCCCCGCCCCCUCCGGCGGAGAAGCGCCCCCGUCCAAUCCUCCUCCCGCACCUACCCCCGACUCUUCCGGAUCGUCAAAUUUAUCUCCAUCCGAUUCCGCAAGCGGUGGUGGCAACAGCUCCAGCAGCAACAGCAGCAGCAGUAGCGGCGGGGGCGGAGUUAGCAUAGCGGUUAUCGCGGGCGUGGCCGGGGGCGUUGCGGCUCUUUCGGUGAUGGGGUUGUUCGCGUGCUACUGUCUGCGCGCGCGCAAGCGGAAGACUGUGGUUAACGCCGCUGCGGGCGGGGCGGCGGGCGGGACGGGAGAGGCUGCGGAGAUGAUGGAGAAAGGGCAGGGCGGGAGCGCGGGCAAAGCGGGAGCAGCGGCGCGCAUUGCGUCCAUCAAGAAAGCGAGCGCAAGCGCAGAAGGCGGAGCCAGUGGUCGCAGGGGCGUGGGAGGGUCUGGUCGCGGUGGUGCAGACGCAGCACCCGGAGCGGUGGACAUCGGUGCUGGCGCGCAAGCCAACAGCCGGCCAUCGCCAAUAACGAUAACGGUUGAAAAGGCAGGGGCAGCAACGGGAGAUGUCACAGCGCCGUUGAUUUCCGCUACUGGGGGAACAGCGUCUGGCGGAGGGGGGGGAGGCGCAGGAGCAGCGGCGGGGGCAGUAGCAGGCGUUGCUGCUGCCGCCGCAGCUGUUGGCGUGGGCGCGGCUGUAGCAGCAAGUCAGGAUAAGCGGAAGAGCAGUCCCAAGGAGCCGAGCAGCAUCCGCGGAAGCAGCAGCGCUCGCAGCAGCACGGAUGGGGAGGAGGGUGGUGGAGCGAGUGCAAGUGGCAGAAACGGACGUCCCUUGCCGCCCGGGAUGAGUUGGUCUAAGGGCAGCGGGAGGAAGUUUGUGGAUGAGAGCGACGAGGAGGAUAACCUGUCCAAUCAGAAAUUCUUCCCGCCCCCACCGCCCCCGCCUCUUAUAUCCCCCCCAUCCUCAUCUCCGCCCUCCGCCUCUAAAGCCUCCGCCGCCGCUGCAGCUGCUGGUGGUGCUGGUGGUGCUGGUGGGGGAAAGUCACCUUUCACUCCCCCGCAGCCCCUUCCUCCCCUGACGUCCACCCCCUCGUCUGUUGCUGCCAGUUUGGAGAAGCAGUCGUCUCCUCGUCCGCCUCUUCCGCCCCCUCCGUCGUUCGGCCAUAAGCAGCCUGCGUCCCCUCGUCGACUGUCUGGGGAUUCUCCCAAAGCUGCUGCUGACGCUUCUGCUGCAGUAGCGUCUGCUGCUGGGCCUGGUUCUGGAACUUCGUCUCCUGGUGCUGUCACUGGCGCUGGUGCUGGCGGUGCUUCGAAGGCAGGUGGGAAUACUGCUGCGGCGGCGGCGGCGGUCGCGGCGGCAACAGCUGCAGUUGCUGCCGCGGGCGCCGCUGCCUCGAGUCCCAAGGCCCGUAGCUCGUCUCCGAGUCGCCCCGCUGUGGUGAUUCCCCCAGUCGUCCCGCUUCCCACGCUCAAGUCCCUGAAUUCUGGGAAGAACCCGCGGGGUGCCUUGGGGCUGUCUGGUGCAUCUGGUGCUGCAGCAGGCAAUUCGGAAGGAGACGCGGCGGAUAGGAAUAGGGGCAAGGAGGCAGAGAGGGGCGGGGAGAAGGGAAAGGCUGGGUCAGAGAAGCCUUCGGCUCCUGCUGCGGUGGCGGUGGGAGUGGCGUAUGGCAACGCGGGGAGAGCCCUGAGAGCGGCUGAUCUAGAUCUUGACGAGAAGGGCGCGGGUGGAUCCGCCACGGGGGAUGGCAGCAGCGUAGGGGGAGACGACGACGGCAGUGACACGGGAGGGGCUGCGGGCAGCGGCGCUGCUGCAUCCGCCGCUGCUGCUGCCGGGGGUGCUGGUGCUGGGUUGGGCCGCGCUGGGGUGUCUCGAGGAAAAGCAGGAUCAGGGCGAGAGCUUGGCAGUCCUGGUGCUGGGGGCGGGGGCACGUGGGCGGGGGGGUCGGACGCGGCGUCUGAGGCGUCAGAGGAGAGCGGCAAGGGCGGGUGGGAGCGCGCGUUUUCGUUCUCGGAGCUGGCACUGGCGACGAACGACUUUGGGGCGCGCGGGCAGCGGAACGUGGUGGGGCAGGGGCGCAAUGGGACGGUGUACAAGGCGAGACUGCCGGAUGGCACCACUGUUGCUGUCAAGCGGCUCAGCAAUAACAAUCCGGACCAGACAGUGCGCGAGUUCCGCUUCGAGGCGGACGCCAUGGCGCACGCGCGGCACCCGAACGUGGUGGCGCUGCUGGGGUGCUGCGCGGAGGGCGACGAGCGCAUGCUCAUCAGCGAGUUCGUCCCCAACGGCUCUCUCGAGCUCUGGCUGCACGGCGCGGGCGCGGGCGCGGGGGGCGGCGCGUUUGGCGCGGGCCCCGCGGAGCCCAUGGAGUGGCCGCUGCGCGUGCAUGUGGCGCUGGGAUGCGCGCGAGGUCUGGCAUACCUGCAUGAGGGCACGGACGUGCGGGUGGUGCACAGGGAUGUGAAGGCCAGCAACGUGCUGCUGGACGCGCAGUGGAACCCCAAGCUGGGCGACUUUGCACUCGCCAAGAUCAUGGCCAAGGAGCAGACGCACGCCGCCACUCGCGUCGUCGGCACGUACGGGUACGUGGCGCCAGAGUAUCUGAACACGGGCAUUCUCACGGAGCGCAGUGACGUGUACAGCUAUGGCGUGCUGCUGCUGGAGCUCGUCACGGGCCGACGCCCCAUCGAUAACCACCUGCCGCCCGAACAGGUGGACGUGGUGCGGUGGGUGAAGCGGCUGGCAGCAGAGGAGCGAGUGGGCGAGGCACUAGACCCGCGCAUAGCGGGCACGGUACCGGCAGACGAUGUGGAGUACGUGGUGGGCAUCGCACUGCGCUGCAUCGAUGCUAAUGCGCUCAAGCGCCCGCGCAUGAAGCAGAUCGUGCACAUGCUCGAGAGCGAAGACCCAGCGCUGAGAGACGGCUGGGUGGCAAAGAGGCCGACUCCUGCUAGUGCCAAGGCGCUACGUGAUUCCAGUCCCUCAUGGUACCACCGCAACGCUGCCUCAGACUCCCCUGCAGCACCCUCCUCCGCCAUGGCGAUUUCCCGAGCCAGCCCUCGAGGCUCCAGCCCCCGGUUCGGCGGGGCAGGUCCGGGGAUCCCUGCGCCUGGUUCGGCGCGCGCAGCAGGCACGAGGCACACGGACAUGCUUCGCUCGGGCAGCCCGAGGAAUUUCGUCGGCGGCGCCACGGGCAGCAGCCCGAAGGCAGCGGAUAUUGGCGGGAUGAUUGCGUCAGCUGCCAUGAAAGCAGGUGUGGUGGGUGGAAGUCCUCGAGCAGGUGGGUAUAUAGGGUACAGCCCCACUAGAAGCGGAGGGGCGGUACCAGUUUCACCCCCAUCAGCCAGGAAUGGCGGUGGUGGUGGUGGUGGUGGUGCUUCUGCAGGGGGGGGAUCAGCAAGGGUGGGUGCAAGCCCACCAAAGGUUCCUGCUUAUGCACAGGGAGGAAGCCCCUCUGCUGCCCGGCUUGGUGGUGUGGGAAUGGGAGCUGGAGGGAUGAGGGGAGGCAGUCCAGGGGAACGAGCAAUGGCGCAGCCGCGCAAGUUCCUGGUGGCGGUGGACGACAGCGAGGUGUCGGCGUACGCGUUCACGUGGGCCAUCACCAACCUCUUCCGCCCCGCCGACUCCGCGCUCGUGCUCACCGCCAAGAACUACGCGGCCGACAUGCCGCUGCCCACCGCCGAUAUAGCCGCUGGGGGUGCGCGCAGCGAGUACGCGGUGCCGCUGGUGGCGCCAGUGUCGCCGGAGGAGCAGCUGGCGGUGGAGGAGCGCGCGCGCGCGCUGGUGGACAAGUACAUGCGCCAGUGCGAACAGGCCAAGGUGGUGAGUGAGGGCGAGGUGGUGCAGGGCGACCCCGGGCCGCACAUCGUGAGCGAGGCAGCGCGCGUCGCGGCGGACGCGCUCGUCCUGGGCAGCCAUGGCCGCGGGAUCCUCGGCAGGACCUUUCUGGGCAGCAUUAGUGACUAUGUGCGCCACCACUCCACCGUGCCGGUGGUGAUCGUGCGGCAGCCCAAGGCGGGGGAGGCGGCGCACGACGCGCUCACGAGCUCGGGCAUGGCGCGGCGGAUCGUUGUCGCCGUGGACGAGAGCAGUGAGGCGGAGUUCGCGUUCGCGUGGGCGAUGCGGCACGUGGUGCGCGACGGCGACCGCCUCACGGUGCUGCACGUGCAGAACCCCAUCGCCGCGCCCACCUCGCUCGGCAUCGACCAGUUCGGCAUGGAGGACGUGUACAUGCCGCCCGACACGAGCAACCGCGCCAACGUGCGCGCACUGGACGACAGCGAGAAGCUCGUCGAACGAUUCAUGGGGCUCGUCGCCGCUAGCAGCAAGGCGGAGUGCGAAGGCAGGGUGGUGAUGGGUCCCACGGAGGAGCGACUGGUGGAGGAGCUCAAGCAGCUCACCGCUGACCUGGCUGUCGUUGGCACGCGCGACCACGACGUCAUCUCCCGCACCACGCCUCGUGCCCAUAACUCCUCUUUCCUGAUUCCACUCCUCCCUCGACCACCUCACACCGCUCCCUUCCUCUACGUUCCACUCCCUCCUGCCCCAUCACCAAUCGUCUUCCAUCCUCUCAUCCCUUCCACCCCUCUCUGUCCGUCUCCUGCUCAAAACCUUCCCUUCCCCGACCCCUGCCCUCUCUGUUUCUCCCUCUUCCCCCCUGCCGUCAGCCCGUGUCCGCUGGUGGUAGCCAAGAUGCCAAAGCCCGCAUCUCGCCCGGGAUCCACCCAGGCCUCUCCUCGUGACUCCCACCAGCACGCCAUCUGA